UGUCUCGGAGACCCCGCGCCGACUGCUGCUCAAACAUCACGUUGACAUGGAUGAUGAAGAUGGCCGGUGCUUGCUAGAUGUAAUUUGUGAUCCUCAGGCCUUGAAUGAUUUUUUACAUGGAUCUGAAAAGAUUGACAGUGAUGAUCUCCUGGACAACACAGGAGAUGCAGCCAGUGCCUUUUUUGAAGGUGCUGGGCUGCAUGUGCAAGAGUCCUCUGGCAAUCAUCUGAACACUGAACAGAACCAGCCCACAACAAGCGUGGACCUCGACUUUUUAGAAGAUGACAUUUUGGGGUCGCCGUCCAGCAGCGGGGCAAACCUUCCGAACUCGGACCAGCCCUGCGACAUCCUCCAGCAGAGCCUGCAAGAGGCGAACAUCACGGAGCAGACGCUGGAGGCUGAGGCUGAGCUGGACCUGGGCUCCUUCCAGCUUCCCACGCUUCAGCCGGUGGUGCAGACGGCCUCUGAUGGCACCCCACAGAUUUUCUCCAGCGGGGCUGACUUAAUUGGGCUGCAGCAACCUGCAGUCCUGACGCAUCAAGCGCUGGUGCAGCAGUCGGUAGGAGCAGAUGUUGUUAAUAAGGCCAUCAGCGUUCAGCCUUUUCUCCAGCAGGUCGGCUUAGGGAAUGUCACCAUCCAGCCAAUUUCCAACCUUCAGGGCUUGCCCAAUGGAAGCCCAAGUGGGACACUGGGAAUUGGGCCAAUUCAGGUGGUUGGGCAGCAAGUUAUGGCCAUUAACCAGUCAGCACAGCAGAUCAUUGCGAAACAAGUUCAGCCCUCCCAGGUGGCCACCAUGCCUGUUGGCAGCUACAUCACCCAGACUGCGCCUGAGCAGCAGCAGGUCACCCUUGCGUCAACCGGGGUUUCUCCACAGAAUGCUGGUCUUGUCAUCCAGAAGAACCUGCCGGCGGUGGCCACUACAACGCUGAACGGAAACUCAAUGUUUGGCAGCGUGUCCGGUACCCAAGGCUCCCAGCCUCUCACCGUCACUUCCAACUUAAGCAGCCCCUUAGUGCAGGCCCAAAACGUGAUCAUCCAUAGGACGCCCACGCCGAUUCAGCCCAAGCCUGCUGGGGUCCUCCAGCAGAAACUCUACCAGAUCACCCCCAAGCCCUUUGGUUCCAACAACACCACCUUGACCAUUCAGAACGAAGCUGCCCUGCAACAGCAAAAGGCCCAGCAGAACCUGACUUUCAUGGCGGGUAAACCAGGACAGAACGUCGUGCUGUCAGGCUUCCCCCAAGGGCUUCCUGCCAACAUGUUCAAGCAGCCUCCGCCGCAGCAGCAAGCCCUCAACAAGCCCAUGAGCGUGCACUUGCUAAACCAAGGCAGCAGCAUCGUCAUUCCGGCGCAGCACGUUCCUCAGGCCAUGCUGCAGGGUCAAAACCAGUUCCUGCUUCCCGGGCAGAUAGCAGGUGCCUCUGCUGUUCAGAUCCCCCAGCAGCUCUCGGCCCUGCAGGCCAACAUGGGAGGGCAGAUCCUGACCACCUCACACCCUAGCGGGCAAGCCCAUAUCAUAACUAGCCAAGGGCCCGGUGGACAGCUGAUAACCAACCAAGCCUUGCCGGCCCAAAUCCUCACCAACCAGAACAUAGCCAGCCAGCUGAACCUGGGGCAGGUGCUCACCUCGCAGAACGCCCACGGCACCGCGCACAUCCUCUCUGCCCCCAUCCAGCUGCAGCCGGGCCAGGUGGGCCAGCCGGCUCUGUUCCAGAUGCCCGUCUCCCUCGCCGGCAGUUUGACCACCCAGAGCCAACCCUCGGUGGCCGCCUCGCUGGCCAGCGGCGCCAUCAACCAGACGGGGCAGACGGUCAUCCAAGGCGUGACGCUGCCCAACCAGGUCGCCAUGCUGAACCCCGCGGAGAACCUCAACCAGGCCGUCAGCAUCCAGGCGUCUGCCACGAGCAGCAGCCAGAGCCCAGGCCUCAUUCAGCCGCAGCCCGCCUCCGGCACCGGCCUGCUGCCUGGCGCCGAGCAGUCCUCCAUCCUGACCGUCCAGGCCGCGGCGCAGCCACCCGCUCCGCUGCAGCUCAACGUGCAGCCGGCGCCCGCGCAGCCGCCGCCGCCCGCGACCUCGCAGCCCAGCCCCAGCCUGGCCGCCAGUCCCGAGAAGAUCAUCUUGGGCCAGGCGGCUGCGGGAACCGUCAUCAACCAAGACUCCAUGCAGAUGUUCCUGCAGCAGUUACCCGCAGGGCAGCAGAAGCUCCCUGGAGCCUCCCCGUCCCACGCGCUACCUCAUCCUCCCCUGGGCGAGAGUCCGCAGCUGCAGCCUGCCCACCUCGCGCCGCUGCAGUCGCCACCGCCGCCCCGGCCGCCCUCGCAGCCGCAGCCCCUCUCGCGGCCGCCCUCGCGGCCCCACUCGCGGCCCCCCUCCGAGCCGCUGGCCCGCUCCUGCACCCCGCAGGCGCCCGCGCCCGGCCUCUACGCCGUGCCGAGCCAGCUGGCGGCGGCGGCGGCAUCCCCGCACGGCACCGCCGCGCAGCACCCGCUGCGGCCCCCCUCCCAGCCGCCGGCGCCCUUCCCGCCGCCGCCGGUGCCCCAGGGGAUCAUCCUGCAGCCGAAGCAGCAGACGGCCCCCGGCCAGGCCUCGCCGGCGCUGGGACCCUUCGGCGCAAACCAGAUUUUCCAAUAUUCUCGAGGAAUCGUGACGGUGCCGGCGCCGCGGUGGCUCCGGAAGCCGUUUGCGCUGGGAGGACCUCGGCGUGGCCCGCCGAGCUCGGUCCCUCGGGCGGAAACACGCCGCGUGGCUCCGGGCCGUAAUCCUUUAUUGUCUAAACUGGAGCUGAACAAACCAAAACGCCGCCGUGUUUCCCGUUUGCCAGGUAUUGCUGCGCCGGUCCCCGCGGAGACCAAAACGUUCCCGAGUGUUUCCGCACCUCUCUCCGCCGGGAAGGGGGCGGCGGCCCCGGGGAAGCCGGGGACAGCGCUUGCUCUCCAGCAGCCCGUCCAGCCUAAGCCUGGAGUGAUUAGCUCCAUCUCAAGCCUGAGCCUUGCGAAAGGUCCCCUGCAGAUCCAGGUGGUUGGGAAAGGGCUGUCGCAGCUGCUGCCCUCGGUGCCCGUGCAAGCCCAGCAGCUGUACGACAGCAAACUCGGAAGCCUGAAGAAAGCUCCUACACUACAGCCCAGCAAAGAAGCCUGCUUCCUGGAGCAGCUGCAUAAGCAUCAGGGAGCGGUUUUGCAUCCCGACUAUAAGACGUCGUUCCGCUCGUUCGAAGACGCCUUGCAACGGCUCCUGCCCUAUCACGUCUACCAGGGGAUGCUGCCCUCCGCCCAGGACUACAAGAAGGUGGAUGAGGAGUUUGAAAUGGUGUCUACCCAGCUCUUAAAGCGCACGCAAGCUAUGCUGAACAAAUACCGCCUGCUGCUCUUAGAGGAGUCUCGGAGAGUCAGUCCUUCAGCGGAGAUGGUGAUGAUCGACCGCAUGUUCAUACAAGAGGAAAAGACCAUGUUAGCGCUUGAUAAGCAACUGGCGAAGGAGAAACCAGACGAGUACGUGUCUUCGUCGUCCCGCUCGCAGAGCCUUUCCUCCUCGGUGGCUCUGGCUUCCGCAUCCAGUGCUGCGCCCGCUUCCGAGAACUUGAAGGUGCCCCCAGUGCAGACCGCCACUCAGAUCAACCCCACCAAACUGGUUAUCAAGCACAGCGGAGGCUCCCCGUCGGUGACAUGGGCCAAGGCUUCGCCUUCGUUAGAUGGCGACGAGGAUGCCUUGCCCUCAAGGAGCAAACCCCCGAUCAAAACGUACGAGGCCCGUAGUCGCAUCGGCCUCAAGCUGAAGAUCAAGCAGGAGGCUGGGCUCAGUAAAGUGGUCCAUAAUACCGCUUUGGAUCCCGUUCACCAGCUGCCGCCUGUGUGCAGAGUCAUCAAAACGACUGACCAGCACACUUCCGGCGCCGCCGCCGCCACCACCGCCACCUCCACCGCUGCCGGGCAAAUGAACGGGACCGUCGAUCACGUAACCUCGGCUCCUGUGGAGAAGAAGCCCAUGGUGACCUACUGCAGGCUCCCUCUUCGUAAGACUUACCGAGAGAACGUGGACGCUUUCGUAGCGGAUAAGCCCUCUGACGCCUGUCCGAAAGGGAGCGCCCCAAAGGCGGAUAAAAUCCCCAGCACCCUUGUGAUCAAGCAGGAGGACGGAUCCAGGAGCGUGAUCACCUCCCACAAAACCCAUGACAGCCCCACGGCGGCUGCCGCAGAGAAGAGCCGGCCAGAGGAGAGCUCCAAGCUUCUGUUCUUCAACAGAAGCGACGCCCGCUCGCUCGUGCUGCAGGACAGUCCUGCCCCGCAGAAGACCGAUGACUCUACCAGUGGCCUUAUGAAGGAACUUGCGGAAGUCGAGGAUGAGUUUUAUCACGGGAUGAUAAAAACGGAGCCGCCUGAUCACAGCUCUGGCUCGGAACUCACUUGGGAGGUGCCCUUGCCCCCGGCCAAACGCAGGAAGUCGGAGUCCUUCGACGUGGAUAACGCCAGCUUCUCCAGCGACAGCCCCCAGGACGACUCCCUCAACGAGCACCUACAGAGCGCCAUCGACAGCAUCCUCAACCUGCAGCAACCUCAGACUGGGGGCCAGAACAUCCGGACACCCUCCUCCUCUUACAACUCCUCCUCCUCCCCUUUCUCCUCGCCUGUCCACCGUACAGACACUUACCUUGCCCCCAAUCACAACGGUGGCCUUGGAGCAAGGACGUUAAACAGAUAACAGAAAACCAAACGGAGCAGAAACUGGACUAUGAGCAAGGACCGAAGACGAAGCUCUUGCUGGUUGGAUACGGUUGAGCGCCGUGGGGUGUCGUCGGUGCCACCUCCCGGAGACCCGGUUGUGUGGGCCUGGGACAAGCGGAGCGGGGAGAGGAGGGUGUCCUGAUGAUGCUUCAUCCGAGUGUUGGCGGGAUGGGUUUUAGAUGUUGUAAAGUACGAGCUAAGGCUGGAUUUCCAAUACACUCGUCUCAUCUAAUCCGCGGCAUCACGGCAAGCGAGAAGCAGCCGAGCGCUUGGGGGUGGACUGGUGGGGCCCGUAGGUAUUGUUGGCUGUGUAAUUUAGAUUCUGUAACAAAUUGCUAAUAUGAAUAUCUGAUCGGUCUAUUUUCUCUUUCCCCCCACCGCCCCCCGGCUGUCUUUAAUCGUGCAGCGGAUUGCUAACGGAACCAGAGGGAGGCCAAAGAGGACUCUGCAGUAAUUGCCCCAGAGGCAAAACUUGCUGUUCGUUUUUUAAGUUAUUGCAAAUAUCGCCCGGGCUUUUGGACCCUCUCACUGGUCAGCAAAGGGCAGGGAAAAAGCAGAAAUAAAAGCAAAGCCAAGGCGAGGAAGGCAGCACACACGCUGAUCGCUAGCGCGGAGGGGCAGGCAGGGCUGGGGAGCCCGAGGGCAGGCGGCGGCGGCGGCCUCCGCACCCCGCGCGCCCCGCGCUCGCCCGGCC